GCAAGGCUCCGCCCUCUCUGUCCCUCGCGCUGCUGCUGCUUCUUGGCUGUUACCAGGCAGACAGCCUUUCCAACAUGGCAGCGUCAGGCAACGCAGAACAUACGCAGAUGCAGGAUAUGGAGGAGGAAGACGCGGGAAUCGAGGAGAGAGAGAUGGAGUCGGACGAAGAGGAUGAGGAGGGCAUGGGAGAGGAGAACACAGACGACGAGGAGGACGAUUCGUCGGAGGACGAGAGAGAAAAUGAAGCCGAAAUCCAGCGUUUGGAAGAGCAGCUGUCGAUCAAUGCUUUCGACUACAACUGCCACGUUGACCUCAUCAAACUCCUGAAGCAGGAGGGAGAACUUUGCCGUUUGCGGAAGGCACGGCAGAAGAUGAGCGAGCUUUUCCCUCUCACUGAAGAGAUCUGGCUGGAUUGGCUCAAGGAUGAGAUCCGUCUGACUGAGGAGGAAUCAAACCGGGAGAAAGUUUACGAACUUUUUGAGAGAGCUGUAAAAGACUACAUCUGUCCAGAGAUCUGGCUUGAAUAUGCUCAGUAUUCAAUUGGUGGCAUGGGCUCACCAGGUGGGAUAGACAAGGUGAGAGCCAUCUUUGAGAGAGGUGUGACAGCUGUCGGGCUUCACAUGACCAAGGGACAGACAGUGUGGGAGGCCUACAGAGAGUUUGAGAACGCCAUUCUGUCCACAGUCCAGCCUCCACCUGGCAAGGUUCCCAGCCGUGAGGAGAAGGAGCUGCUCAACACUCAGCUCGAGCGAAUUCAUACACUGUUUCGCCGCCAGCUGGCUGUUCCCCUGAUGGACAUGGAAGCCACCUAUUCAGAGUAUGAAGAGUGGUCUGACAAGGGCGUUGCUGAGACUGUAGUACAUCAGUACAAAAAGGCUGUGAAGCAGAUGGAGAAGAACAAACCUUUUGAGGAGUCCCUGCUUGCGGCAGAACCUCCAAAAAUGGCAGAGUAUCAGUCUUACCUCGACUUUGAACUAAAGGAGGGCGACCCGGCGCGGAUCCAGCUUGUUUUUGAGCGUGCUCUGGCAGAGAACUGCCUGGUCCCAGACCUUUGGGCAAAAUUUACCACCUAUCUUGAUCGUCAGCUGAAGAUCAAAGACUUUGUUCUUCCUACACACGAACGUGCCGUGAGAAACUGCCCCUGGACCAUGGGUCUGUGGAAGAGCUACCUGCUGGCUCUGGAGAGGCAUGGAGCUGAACAUCCUGUUGUCUCAGAUGUUUUUGAGAAGGCACUGAAUGCUGGUUUCAUUCAAGCAACAGACUACGUGGAAAUAUGGCAGGCAUAUCUUGACUACCUGAGGAGACGUGUGGAUUUCAGCAAAGAAUCAAGUAAAGAGUUGGAGGAGUUACGAGGAGCCUUUUCUCGCUCUCUUGACUACUUAAAACAAGAUGUGGAAGAAAGAUUUGGUGAAAGUGGAGAUUCCUCUUGUCUCAUAAUGCAGAUCUGGGCAAGAAUAGAGGCUCUUCACUGCAAAAACAUGCAAAAAGCCAGAGAACUGUGGGACAGUAUUAUGACGAAAGGCAACGCCAAAUAUGCCAACAUGUGGCUGGAGUACUAUAACCUGGAAAGGUCUUAUGGAGACCCUCUUCACUGUCGGAAAGCUCUUCACAGAGCAGUUCAGUGCACCUCAGACUAUCCAGAGCAUGUGUGUGAAGUCCUGCUAACCUUUGAGAGGGUGGAAGGCUCUCUGGAGGACUGGGACGUGGCAGUGCAGAAGACAGAGAGUCGUCUUAACAGGGUUAAUGAGCAACGUGCAAAGGUGGCCGAGAAAGAAGCCAACAUGGCUCGUCAAGACGACGAUAGAACUGACCAGCGGCGGAAAGCCAAAUUCGACAAGAAGGCUCAGAAGAAGGUCCAAAAGAAAAGUCGAUUUGGAGAGAAGAGGAAAGCAGAGCAAGAUGAUUAUCAGGAUGAAUGGAAUGAUGAUUCAGAACAAGCCCCCAAAAGACACAGAGGAGAUGGAGACCAAACCACAGAGUACAUGGAGACAGAGACGGGACUCUUAGGGAGAAAGGCUCCCCCCGGCUAUAAGCCUGCUAAAAAAGCGCAGCAGGAAGCUGCGGCCGCGGCGGAUCUGAGGCAGAAAGAGGAGAAGCCAGAGCUUCGUAAUGAUCAAAGCAGCGUCUUCAUCAGCAACCUUGCUUACACGCUAGUGGAGCCAGAGGCAAAGCUCAGGACGCUGUUUGAGACGUGCGGCCCCAUCUCACAGGUCCGCCUCGUCUUCGGCAGCAAAGGCGGGUUCAAAGGUUACGGCUAUGUACAGUUUGAGUCCACAGUGUCGGUCCCUGAAGCCCUGAAGCUGGACAGACGAGAGGUGGAGGGCAGGCCCAUGUUUGUGUCGCCUUGUGUGGAUAAAAACAAAAACCCUGAGUUUAAGGUGUUCAAAUACAACACAUCUAUAGAGAAACACAAAAUCUUCAUCUCGGGGCUGCCGUUCUCCUGCACUAAAGAGCAAUUGGAGGAAAUGUGCAAAGGCCACGGCGACAUCAAAGAAGUCCGCCUGGUCACAUAUCGCUCAGGAAAACCCAAGGGUCUGGCAUAUGUGGAGUUUGCAGAUGAAACCCAGGCGUCUCAGGCAGUCCUGAAAAUGGACGGUAUGGAAAUAGAGGACAACAAGAUCACUGUUGCUAUAAGUAAUCCUCCUCGCAGAAACAUGAUGGAUGCACCUGGUUCCAGUAAACCUACAAACCUGAUGCCUCGCCAGGUCUAUGGAUCGAGAGGAAAAGGACGCACCCAGCUGUCGUUGCUCCCUCGUUCCCUGCAUCGGCAAAGUGAAUCUGUUAGCAAAGUGGAGAACGGAGCCGCCUCCGAGCAGGUGCUGGCAACCGGCAGUGCAUCGAAGAACGCGGCCGCAGAGGCGAAAUCUUUGUCAAAUUCAGACUUUGCCAAGAUGCUCCUCAAUAAGUGAGAGGAGGGAGCGAGAGAGUCGAGACUGCCUUCACACUGAAAACCAUCAUGUGUCCUUAUAAAUUAGUGUUGGUGAUUUUUUCUGUAAUUGUGUACCUGACUUCCCUUUAAUAUCAGCCCCGUUCUCAUCGUGUGUUCUGCGAGAUUGCCUUAAUCACAGAGCUCCUGUCCUCCAUCACAAACCCUUUUCAACUAAGACAUUUCACCAGUGUGACAGAUAGUUAUUGGUGGGAGUGUUUGAAUGAGGCUGGUUGGGCCAUUUUAUAAGAAAAAAAAAAAAGUGUAUCAUAUUUGUGUAAAUACACUGUAUGUUUUGUAAGCCUUGUGUUUUGAGGUGUCUUUUGUUGUGUUAAUGUGAAGGAGAUUUGACAGAAGCAGAUGGGAAGACUAUUUUUUUUAAAUAUUCAGAACAGCCAAACUUGUGAAUGUUGUUCUAAAUAGGGAAUAUGCAAAUUUAAUAUGUUUAAAAUAGCUGCUGUGUGUGUGUGUGUGUGUGUGUGUGUGUGUGUGUGGGCAUAAACACUGACCUUGUCAGGACCAGUAAUCCUGGAGACCAAAUCCUGGUCCUAAUGAAGCAGAAUAUCAUUUCUGAGGAAGUUUUGGGCACAUUUUUGAUGGGGAGUUAAGGUAAGGGUUGGGCAUUAACUGGUUAAGUUUAGGCGUAAAGAAAAAAUAUCCCUGUGUGUGUGCAGAUGUGUUUGUGUGCGCGCCACCGUAAGGAUAUUCUCCAGAUGUUUUUAGGGAGCCGACUUUAGUGGUGUAACUUAUUUUAACCUCUGAGGACACACUUUUUUUUUUAAAGAGCAAAGAUAUGUUUCUGAAUAAACCACAAUGAUGUUUGACCAUCUUUGAUUUACCUUUUACCAGUAACCAGCAAAUAAUUAGUCAGUGGACUUUGCCUGAGCUUGACAGCAUGUCCUCUCACCACAAAAACUACCCUCAUGUCAUGUCACCCUGUGAACGCUCGAUGUUGUGUUAAGCGUAUUUGUCAUAUUUAUGUCAUCACUGACGGCAUGACCUGUCCAUCCUGGAUAAACUCACCCAUCAUCAAAUCCCAUUUAUACACAUGUCUGACUGACUUCCAUUGAGAGGUAUUGGGAGUUAAAUGAAUCCUGAUGUUUCCACCUUUUUGAAAUUCAAAGAGCACUGAAAUUUUUUUUUAACUGGUUGCUUUGGUUGUAGGACACAUUUACGACUUAAUGUGUCCAUUUCCGCUGGUUCUGAUCCUCAGAUUCACACAAAAAUUAUGGCCAGACUGUUGAUCUAGGUAAUCAUUUGAGGAAAGGCACAGUUUUCUCAGUUUUACAAACAAUUAGUUGAAGAAAAUAACCCGCAGAUUGUAACGGACAUUAGGUUCUUGCAUUGAAGAGGUCAUUUUAGCUUUUGAGUGAGAUCGUGCCACCCAACUAAAUGGCUUCUGCCAUCGCCUACACAUAUUUAGGUCUGAAGCUCUUUAUUCAUCACAGGAGAAGAGAAUCUAUGCAGUGUUUAAUUUCCGUUUUCCCAUGUGUCAAAACACUUGUCGGUUCCACUUGCCUCACUAGGAUAGUAAUGACUGUUCAAUGUCAUCAUUUCCAAAAGGUUACUAUAGUUUGUAAUAAUAUAAAUCUAAGUUUUCAGAACAGAUGGAAUACAAGCUAUAUGUAAUGCUCUCACCAAAGUGGCCUAAUGUUAAAUAAACGCCUAAAUAUGUUGGUCUCUUGAA